AUUUAACUUGUAGUCAAACGUCGUUCGCAUCACAUAUUCACAUGGUCUCAGAGCAUCACAUAUAUUCACAUGGUCUCAGAGACACAAAAUAUCACACGAUUCACACUCCUGUAAACAAAUAGUUACAGGCUUACAGCUUGCCGACGGGAUUAUAAAUACGAACUAGUGACCGAACUUGUUCCGUCUCCGCACCAUUCCACACAGCAAUUACAAGCCGUCUAGAUCAUAAUUAAAAAAUCUCUCUUUUUGAAGGUCUGAUUGAUAAUUAUUUUUCUUGAGGAAUUUGAGAGAGCUUGAUAAAGGCGGUGAAGUGAUAACAGAUCUAGGGAUUUGAACAAUAAUGGUUGGAAGUGUUGGAGCUGAAUUGGAAGUAUCGCCAUCAAUCGUUGAAAUGAACGGAAAAGUUGAAACGAAUGGCAAGGUUGAACCAUUACCAGAAGAGAUUGUUCCGGUUAUUCCGAUUGUUUUAGCUGAAAAUGGAGCAAACGAAGAUCAGAAAGUUAUAAGAGAAAUAGUACUUGGAAGAAAUGUUCAUACAAUGUCUCAUGCUGUUACAGAACCCGAAGCUGAUGAUGAGAUUACUGGUGAAAGAGAAGCUUGGAUGGCUAGUGUAUUAGCUAAAUACAGAAGGUCUUUAAUUGAAAGGACUAAGAAUCACUUAGGUUACCCGUAUAAUCUGGACUUCGAUUAUGGUGCUCUUGCUCAGCUGCAACAUUUCUCCAUCAACAAUCUUGGUGAUCCCUUUAUUGAGAGCAAUUACGGUGUCCAUUCCAGACAGUUUGAAGUGGGUGUGCUAGAUUGGUUCGCUCGACUUUGGGAAAUAGAAAAUCAUGAAUAUUGGGGUUACAUUACAAAUUGUGGUACAGAAGGCAAUCUUCAUGGUAUCCUUGUAGGGAGGGAAGUUUUCCCAGAUGGAGUUUUGUAUGCAUCACGAGACUCCCAUUAUUCUGUCUUUAAAGCUGCACGAAUGUACAGAAUGGACUGUGAAAAAGUUAGCACUCUGAUCUCCGGGGAAAUUGACUGCGCAGAUUUUAAAGCCAAACUGCUCCGUAACAAAGACAAACCAGCCAUCAUUAACGUCAAUAUAGGAACGACUGUUAAAGGAGCUGUUGAUGAUCUCGACCUGGUUAUAGAAACCCUUAAAGGAGCUGGUUUCUCCGAAGAUAGGUUUUACAUUCACUGUGAUGGGGCUCUAUUUGGGCUUAUGAUGCCUUUCGUGAAACGUGCUCCUAAAGUAUCAUUUAAGAAGCCAAUCGGAAGUGUUAGUGUUUCGGGUCACAAGUUCAUAGGAUGUCCAAUGCCUUGUGGUGUUCAGAUAACAAGAUUGGAACACAUCAAUGCUCUUUCAAGGAAUGUCGAGUACUUAGCUUCACGAGAUGCCACAAUCAUGGGCAGUCGCAAUGGUCAUGCUCCAAUCUUCCUGUGGUACACGCUGAACCGUAAAGGUUACCGAGGAUUUCAAAAGGAAGUCCAAAAGUGCCUCAGGAAUGCCCAUUAUUUGAAAGAUCGUUUACGUGCUGAAGGAAUAGGUGCCAUGCUUAACGAGCUCAGUAGUACUGUUGUAUUUGAAAGGCCUCAAGAUGAGGAGUUUAUUCGUCAGUGGCAACUUGCUUGCCAGGGCAGCAUUGCACACGUUGUGGUUAUGCCCAGUGUCUCAGUUGAGAAGUUGGAUGAUUUCUUGAAUGAUCUGAUUGAGAAACGCAAGACCUGGUUCCAGGUGGGAAAGGUUCAGCCUUCAUGUAUUGCGGUUGACAUUGGGAACGAAAAUUGUGCUUGUCCUCAACAUAAAUGA